AAAUGCUUUGACAAAAACUUUCAGGUUGAAUAAAGUGGUUUCUCCUGCAAACCAAACAACAACUUCAGCCUUCAGCAUUCUCCUGCAAGGCAGCAACAGUCAUAACUUCAGUCAUGGCUUAUGAACCUGGUCGUGGAGACAACCUUCCUCCAUCAGGCAUUGUAGCCUUCACAGCCAAGCUGAAUAUCAAUAACAGCUACCCCUGUCACUCUGGAGUCCUGAAGUUUGCCACUGUGCUGGUCAACGAGGGAGGAGGCUACAGUCCUGAAACAGGCACCUUCACCUGCCCCGCGGAUGGCUUUUAUCACUUCACUGUGCAUGUGUCUGUGUAUGGGCGUGGGCAAUGUGCUAUUUUCAAAAAUGGAGAGAAAGUGGUGUCUCUGUAUCAAACCUCUCUGCCUGAUAAAUGUAGCCAAGUGGUCACUACUAGCAGUGUGAUCAGACUGUCUAAAAAUGACAGGGUCUGGGUGAAUGUCUGGGGGCCUGGCAGAAACGAUAUCUUUGCAACUGUCGAUAAUGACACUGUCUUUGUUGGGGUUCGUUUGGGUUAAUGGCGUAAGUGUCAAAAUGUCACUGAAGUUCUUGGCCGUGCUUUUCUUUUCCCACAGUGAGCCGCUACCACUUCACUGUAUUCUUGCUAUCAAGUGAAGUUUGUUACGGAUAAAGUUAUAUUGUGCUUCUUCUGAAACGAACACGUCGCUUAUAUAUCUCUGAACAACAAUGUAACACUGCUUGAAUA